AUGUCGUCGUCUGCAGUAUCUUGUGAACCAGGCGCACUGAUGAACGAGGUUGGCGGAUUAAGCCCGAAACCCAACAGGCCGCUGAAAAGGAGAAGGCGAGCCUCAACGAACGCCAUUGACAAUGUCAUUGGCCUCGACGGAGAUGACUACUCUAAACAGGCCAAAGAUAUGGUGACAACUCCUGAUCCAUACCCCAUGAAUGAUAUUUUAUCAGAAAUGGCUGCGAUGGACCUCCACGAUCCAACGUUGUCGGAAUGGGAAACAGAUCCCUACCAUACCCACCCGGAAUCAACCAUGCGCUAUCUCAAUAUGUACUUCCAUUAUGUUAACGGUGCAACCUACUGUAUAUUCCCUCGCGAGCCAUUCCUGAGAUGGCUUAAGUAUUGUCCCAAUAAAUCCCUUGAUGAUAAAAUGCUCUUGUAUUCUAUGCUUGCUAUGGGGGCUAUUUUCGGCAAUACAAAGGAGCAAAGAGCAGACGCAAUGAGGUUUGCGAGAAUCGCAAGGCACGCGGUGGAGAAAAGUCAAAACAAUCCAACCUUACACCUAGCUCAAACUCGGAUUAUCCUUGGAAUGUGGCAUUUCACGAUCGGCGCGUCGGCCACAGCGUCCGACUUUACCGGCUCUGCCAUGCGCACUAUAUGCGGCCUGAAACUCAAUGUUGAACAUGGUAGUCCCGCGCCACGGAACCCGCCAGAGCGGGAUGAGUUUUUUCAAGCAGAAACUAUGCUUGAAUGCCAGAGGAGGACUUUUUGGGCGGCUUUCCUUAUGGACAGACAUGCCGGCCCCCCGGUCCAUUCUCCAACAGUGCUCAAGCCGCAAGAUAUCUUUCUGCGGUUGCCGCUAAGAGCAGACUGGUACGAGAAUCAAAAAUGGGCUAAUAUGCCCUAUUUUGAAAACGGCAUUAUCCCGGCAGACACCUCGUUACCGGAAGAGAGGAAUGCACUUGACCCAAUGGCUUUCUUAGUCGAAGUAUCUGCUAUUUGGGGGGAUGUGCUUGAGCAUAUCUACCGCGCCACUUACAUCUCGCCAUCAAAUUACGCUGCGCGUUUCGAGGAAUUCUACUCUUCAACAGUGCAACGCACCGAUAAAUGGCUCGCAAGUCUUCCACGGUAUUUUUCAUAUAGCGUUGAAAAUAUGGAACUGAACAUCCAAGCCGGAAAGGUAGAUGUCUUCGCAAGCGUGCAUAUUCUCUACCAUGCCACAAUGAUGAGACUAAACCGAUACGUCCGCCACUCAGACCUACCUGAGCAUAUAGUCGAGCGAAACGUCCGCCGUUCCUACAGCCACUCCGUCGAGGUCCUCCGCAUUGCGUAUGAUCUUAGCAAACAUCUGAAUGCACACGAGGAGGGUGGAAUUCUGCCAAGUAAUCCACAACCUCCCCAGAUAACAUUCUCCACACCCCUGACAGGCAAUGCCAUAUUAUCAGCCACAGAUGUCCUCUGCGCCUGUGGCUCCAUUCGAGAUAUGUCAUACUACUCAGCCCUCAUACACGGCGGCUUAAGGGUGAUUUCUGAAGUUUCGCGGUUCUGGCAUGGUUCGCGAGAGCAGCUGCGAGUCAUUGAAUGGCGCCUGGAGCAGAUCACUGAUGCAAUUCGUACACAGGACCGGUCGGGCGGGAAGCGUGGUUUCUCCGUUCAGGGGCGGCCGCUUGACCUCAUUGUGAUCGAUAGGCUGAUGCCUGCCAAUGACGGUGUUGGUUCCAGUACGCCGUCACCACCAAUACAGGGCAAAAGCAACCCUUAUACUGCAACCGGGAGAGGGGAUUUGGUCUAUUGCCUCCCCCGAGAGACCUAUUUCCAUGCGCUCGGACUCCAUGAUAUAUCUGUCGAGAGGGGUGAGGUGCUGUGGAUUCCAUGUGAAGAGUAG